CAAAAUCAGCGAUAAGUUUUUCCAACGUCACACAAAAGAAAAGAAGCAAAAUCUCAAAAAAAAAAAAUAAUCGAAUACAAAAUUACCUCCUUCUCCCAACACAUCAGGCAUCAGCUACAGCUUCAGCGGCUUAACGCAAAAAUCUGAUGCGAGUGUUUUUAUUUUUUGGUUUUAUUUUACUAAUUUCUACAUAAUUUGUUUUAUAUAUGCUGUUAUCGCUCUGCCCGCCGCCGCCACAGCCGCAGCAAAAGAAUUCCAAAUAGACAAGAAAAGGAAAAACACAACGACGACUAACCAAAGCAAGGCAAGGCGAUAAAAAAAAGACAUUCUUCUUAUCGCUGGUGUAGCUGCCAUAGCUGUUUUGUUGGUGCUAACGCAGAGUCACAGAGGGUUCUGGACUUGCUGACUACUCAUUAAAAUAAAAUAAAAACUCUGUGUAAAGAAAGAAUAUUUCCUUAUUCUCAGAAACAGAAUAAAAGCCAAGAACAAUGAUGGAUGGAACGGAUGAAGCCACUGGCAUAGAGAAUUUGAAAAUUUCAGAUUCUCCAAGCAAUCAAACUUUGGACAUAGCCUCAUCAUCUAGUCCCUUAGGAGGGGGACUACAUGGAGGAGGAGUGCCGAAUCCCGGUGAUUCGUCCUCAUCGACAGGGCAACAGGCUGCGCCCAUUCAACUCCCAGAAAAUAGCUUGCACGUGGACAUAUCGGACGCGCUGAGUGAAAAGGAUAAAGUCAAGUUUACCGUGCACACAAAAACUACCUUGCCCACCUACAGCAAGCAAGACAUGCUGGUGGUUCGCCAGCAUGAGGAAUUUGUGUGGCUGCAUGACCGUUUCGAAGAGAACGAAGAUUAUGCUGGUUACAUAAUCCCACCUUGUCCGCCCAGGCCGGAUUUUGAUGCUUCUCGUGAAAAACUACAGCGGCUGGGAGAAGGCGAAGGCAAUAUGACAAGAGAAGAAUUCAAAAAGAUGAAAUCUGAAUUAGAAGCUGAAUACCUUGCCACAUUUAAGAAAACUGUAGCAAUGCACGAGGUAUUUUUGACACGCCUCGCACAACAUCCAGUUUUUCGCAUGGACCAACACUUAAAAGUAUUUCUCGAAUACGACCAAGAUUUGUGUGCAAAGCCACGCAAGAAAAUGGCUCUAUUUGGUGGGUUUGUUCGAUCACUCGGAAAGACAACCGAUGAAAUUCUAUUGGGAGCAACUGUUCGUGAUGUUAAUGACUUUUUCGAAAAUGAAUUACAAUUCCUUUCGGAAUAUCAUGGUCAUUUAAAGGAAGGAGCAGCUCGAACAGAGAAAAUGACACAAAAACAUAGAGAAGUCGCUGAGUGUCAUCAGAAAGUCUCGAAUGCUCUGAUGCAACUGUCAAUAGCGGAAAAGGGUACAAUGGAGACAUUCUAUGCCAAAAGUGCUGAAGUUUUUGAAAAACUUAAGCAUUUCGAAUCUAGGGUAGCAAGUGAUCAAGAUCUUAAACUCGGCGACACUCUCAGGUAUUACCAAAGAGAUAGUGACGCUGCUAAGGCUCUGCUCAUUCGCCGUUUAAGAUGUUUGGCUGCUUACGAAGCGGCAAAUCGAAAUCUCGAAAAAGUUCGAGCGAAAAACAAAGACGUCCAUGCGCCUUUGGAAGUACAAGAGGCUGAAGCAGCACAGGCUGAGGCAUGCGAAAAAUUUGAAUCAAUAUCUGCCUGUGGCAAAGAGGAACUCGUAAGCUUUCGUAAUCGUCGUGUAGCCGCUUUUAAAAAAGGUCUCGUAGAAUUAUCUGAAUUGGAAAUCAAACACGCAAAAGCGCAAUAUGAGUUCUUACGUCAAUCCCUCAACGCUCUCAAAGAACUUUAAUCUAACUAGUUCUUCAGCAGGAGGACAAGAAUAACAAAAAGAAAUACAAAAAAAAAACGUAAUAAUAUUUAUUCUAUUCAAAGAUUAUCACUGUUAUUGUCUUAAAGUCAGUCUAUUGCAAAUAAAUGUAACUUUACCCAUGUAAAUCCUAUCAACUGAGAAAAACAAAACAAAAUAUAGCCAACAUUUUAUGUAUAUUGUGAAAAUAUAAGAAACAAAAAUAUUAAACUAAACUAAACAGAAUUAAUUAUGUACUACAACAAAUCCUUACAUUAAAAAUACAAUUUUUUUAAAUGAAUUCAGUUCUCCCAAGCCUCUAAAUAUUUUUUGUAAAAUAAGUAAAAAAUUUAAUAUUGAAAAAAAAAACUAUAAUACAUAAAUAAAAAUAUAGACACCUUUAUAACAGAAUUGUAUGCAUACAACUUGAUUAUUAUUAUACAGUGAAUCGUGACUUUUGUACUUUAAAAAAUAAAAAUAAAUUAAUAUAAAAUAAAAGAAGAAAAUAAAUUGCUAUUAUAGUACACUUAAAAGAACCACAACAAUAUUUAAAACAAAAAAAUAAUCAAAUCAUUUUAAAACUUUUUGCAUUCCUUCUCUCUUUAUUAUAUUAUCUUAUGUAGAAUGGUUUGAUUUGUUUUAUUUUGGUGUAUAAAUAAGUAUAAACAAAAAUAAAUCUAAUGUUAACAUUUUUUUUUAUUUUGCUUUUUCUUGGUAUAAAUAUUUUAUAAUAAUUAUUGUUAUAUUAUAUAUUUUUGUUCUGUUCAUUAAAUAUUAUAUACAUACAUACUUUAUUUUUAUUGUAUACACCUUUAUUCAAAAUUAUAUGUUAUAAUUACGCAUUUCAGAAAUAUAAAAAUGAACAAUUCUAAAUA